AUGGACUGGACCGGGACCGCCGUAAACUCCAUCAGUGACAAGAUUGGGCGAUCGACGGCGAAGUUCAUUCCAAAUUGCUUUGCCUUGCACCGUCUGGCCUGCAAGCUGCCCGACGCGGCCACCGCCAAGCGAGACCUCCAGCCUGACGACGACCCCUAUCCACCUGUGUUUAGAUCCAUGGAUGUCAUUGAGGUCCAAAAAUACGAACGUUACUCGCAGGAAAAUUGUGAGGAGUUUGAUCUUCAUGAGAACCUGUGCCGAUGUGGAGCCCUUGAGGCACUCAGCACCUCCUCAAUGGCCACGAGGUCCCCAUUACAUUGGUCGAGAUAUUUGACGACUUGGGAUUGUCCUAGCAUGAGUGUUGGAAGAAAGCCAUGGAAAGAACGCCGUCCGAGUCGCGUCAAAGUUGCGUCACGGUCACGUGAGAUUGCCUGUUUCUUCCAAUCGCCCUAG